UGAUACCCUGGCAGCUUGCUAGCUGCACCGGUUAGCCCGUUAGCUCUCCCAAAAUACCUACCUGGAGCUUUUGCUUUGUAUGGAAGCGCCUAGCAUCAAUUUGUGGCUCAUGACACGUCGCCCCGGACAUCAUGAGGACUGUUAUUGUGCUGUCACUGCUGCUGCUGAACAUACAUCAUGUCACCGGGGCACCCAAAGGAGUCACUGCCAGCCUGAGAGCCAAAUGGACCAUGACACCUUUCCUCCUGGAGACAAGCGAAUUUAUUGCAGAAGACGGGAAUGACAAAUUCUGGCAGUUUGUCGACACUGUGAAAGAACUCACCGUCUACAAGCAAGGAGAGUCUGUGCGCUCCUACUAUAACUUGGUCAUAAAGAAGGCUGGCCAGUUCCUCACGGACCUUCAAGUGAAUCUUCUUAAAUUUGCCGUGGCUCUACGGUCUCACUCACCAGCUGUUCAUGCAUCCCAGCAGAUAGCCAGCGAUGAACCUCCACCUGAGGCUUGUCCUGCCUUUGUCUCCAUUCAUGGACAACUUAGCUGCAGCACCAAGGAUAUCAAGAAGCUCCUGAAGGCAGCUGCAGGCAGGCCAAAGCCAUUUUUGUACAAGAGUGAUCACACAUAUCCCGGACUCAAUAAAACAGAUGUGCCAGUUGUGAUCCUCUAUGCUGAGAUUGGAACCAAGAAAUUCAUGUCUUUUCAUAAUGCACUCUCCGAGAAAGCCCAAGAGGGCACACUCAUGUAUGUGCUGCGGCAUUUUGUAGCGGAUCCUAAACCUCAAAAGAUGCUUUUAUCAGGCUACAGUGUUGAGCUGGCUAUCAAAAGCACAGAAUACAAAGCUGUGGAUGACACCAAAGUAAAAGAUCCAAAGACCUCUUUAAAUACAGAGGAGGAUGAAAACGAUGUACAAGGAUUCUUUUUUGGAUCAUUAAAGAAAUCUCAUCCAGAACUGCAGGAAGAACUCGUUGAGCUUCGCAAACAUCUUCUGGAGAGCACCAAUGACAUGGCCCCUCUCAAAGUGUGGGAGAUGCAAGAUCUAAGUUUCCAAGCAGCUGACAGAAUCAUGUCUGUGCCAAAGCAUGAUGCUUUGAAGCUCCUGCGAGACCUCAGUCAGAAUUUUCCAAGCAAAGCAAGAUCACUGACAAGAGUGGCUGUAAAGCAGGAAAUGAGAAAAGAAAUUGAGGACAACCAAAAGCAUCUCAGUGAGACCGUUGGUGUUCACCCGGGAGAUGGGGAGCUCUUCAUCAAUGGACUGCACAUUGAUCUGGACGUCCACAACCCUUUCAGCAUUUUGGACAUCCUCAGAGGAGAGGCCAGGGUCUUGGAGGGGCUUCAUAACCUUGGCAUAAAGGGGGAACAUCAGGGCAAGCUUUUGAAGUUACCUGUGAAUGCUGUGGAUGACAACUACGCCUUAGAUAUCAGACAUCCAGCCAUAAUGUGGAUAAAUGACAUAGAGAAUGACCCAAUGUACCGGAGCUGGCCAACAGGUAUACAGGAACUGCUCAGAGCCACCUUUCCUGGCGUGAUCCGGCAGAUCCGACGCAAUUUCUUCAACCUGGUGCUGUUCCUGGAUCCCGUGCAAGAAGAAAGUGUCGAACUGGUGAAACUAGCCGAGCUUUUCUACAAGCAUAAGAUCCCCCUGAGAAUUGGAUUUGUGUUUGUUGUCAACACCAAGGACGAGAUUGAUGGCUUCUCAGAUGCAGGGGUUGGAUUCUACCGACUGCUGAAUUACAUUGCAGACGAGUAUGAUUUAUCCCAGGCUCUGAUGUCCAUGGUCUCUAUGUACAACCAAGUAGAUGUUGGGAAGUCGCUAUCUGUUGAGACUAUCUCUUCCUACAUGAAGAGGAAAUUUCCUAGCGCCAAUGCUGAGAAGAUUCUAGGUUUAGAAUCUGAGUAUGAUUACAAAAGAAACGAGGGUGCCCUCUUCUACAAAAAGAGCGGCCUGGGUGCUCUACCUCUGGCUUUAUUUAACGGAGUCCCUCUGAGCUCUGAUGAGAUGGACCCAGAUGAGCUGGAGACUAUCCUCCUGCAGCACAUAAUGGACACGACCACCGCUUUCCAGAGAGCUGCCUUUAUGGGUCAGUUAUCUGAGGGCUCAGAUGUGGUGGACCAUCUAAUGGAGCAGGCCAAUGUGGUUCCGAGGAUGAACCCUCUCAUUCUGGGCACCGACCGAAAGUACCUCGACUUCACUUCCACGCCAGUUGUGGACGAUUGGGAGGACACAACUAUGUUUUCAUUCCUGGAAGGCAGAGACAAAACAGCUGUGGUGGCUAAGAGAAUGAAGUACUUUAGAAAUAACGAUGAGGAUGGGAUGAGUACUGUGACCACGUGGAUAGCUGGAGAUUUUGACACGGCCUCAGGAAGAAAGCUGUUACUCAAUGCUCUGAAACAUGUGAAGGCCAGCCGUGGAGUGCGAGUGGGGGUGAUAGAUAACCCCAGCGGAAAGCCCACUGAAGAUAACACUGUGCUGUACAGGGCUAUCUGGGCCUCCUUCCUCACCCAGAAGAAUAAGGCUACAGUCGAGUUUGUGCAAAAGCUCCUGAAAGAGGAAAGCAGCCGGCUCCUCCAGCAGGGGAGCAAGAUGAAGGAAUUACUGAUGCAGGGCAUGGACGCAGAUGCCUUCGAGAAAAAGUUCAACACACUGGAAGUGGAUUUCAUCCUCAGUCAGCAGCUGUUCUGUAGAGAGGUCUUGAAACUGAGGCCUGGAGAGCGUGCAGUGAUAAGCAACGGCAGGAUCCUUGGCCCGUUUGAGGAGCAGGAGGAAUUCACUGUGGAAGAUUUCCAAUUGCUGGAGAAGAUCACACUGAGUGGUUCUGCAGAGAAAGUCAAAGCCAAAGUUAAACAGAUGCAGAUGAAGCCAAAGCACGCCAGCGACUUAGUCAUGAAAGUUGAUGCCCUUCUAAGUGCAGCCCCGAAAGGAGAGGUCAGGAGGGAUGUUCACUUUAUCAAAGACAGCCACAGUAUUCUCAGUCUCUCACCGCGGGAAAACGAGGUGUUCUACGAUGUGGUGGCCAUCGUUGACCCCCUCACGAGAGAGGCACAGAAGAUGUCCUCUCUGCUGAUGGUGCUCAGUCAAGUGGUCAAUGUGAGAAUGCAGGUGUUUAUGAAUUGCAGGGCCAAGUUGUCCGAGAUGCCCCUCAAGAGCUUUUACCGCUUUGUCUUGGAGUCUGAUGUGGCUUUCUUGGCCAAUGACACAGUGUCACCAGGACCAGUGGCCCGCUUCAUGGAGCUCCCAGAAUCUCCACUCCUCACCCUCAAUAUGAUCACGCCAGAGAGCUGGAUGGUGGAGGCAGUGCGCAGCCCCCAUGACUUGGAUAACAUCCACCUGCAGGAGGUUAAUGGGAUAGUGAGGGCAGAGUAUGAACUUGAGCACCUUUUGCUGGAGGGCCACUGCUUUGACCUGUCAACUGGCCAGCCUCCCCGCGGACUCCAGUUUACCCUCGGCACGAAUCGGGACCCGCUCAUGCAUGACACUAUUGUCAUGGCUAACCUGGGUUAUUUCCAGCUGAAAGCCAAUCCCGGUGCGUGGAUCCUAAGAUUACGUAAAGGGAGAUCAGAGGAUAUCUAUCAGGUCCUCACGCACGAUGGAACCGACUCCCCUGCAGAUGCUGGUGAUGUUGUUGUUAUGCUGAACAGUUUCCACAGUAAGAUUAUCAAAGUCAGAGUGCAGAAAAAGGCCGAGAAAAUCAACGAAGAUCUUCUUAGUGAAGCAAGUGAAAGCAAAGGCAUAUGGGACUCCAUAGCAAGCAUCACAGGUGGCGGCUCCAAGAAGGAUGAUGGAGAGAAGAAGAAAGAGGAUGUUCUGAACAUAUUUUCUGUUGCCUCAGGCCACCUGUAUGAACGCUUUCUCAGAAUAAUGAUGCUGUCCGUCCUUCGGCAUACCAAAACACCUGUCAAGUUCUGGUUCCUCAAGAAUUACCUCUCUCCGUCUUUCAAGGAGACCAUCUCUUUCAUGGCCGAGUCGUACGGCUUCCAGUAUGAAUUAGUUCAGUACAAGUGGCCGCGGUGGCUCCACCAGCAGACCGAGAAGCAGCGUAUCAUCUGGGGACACAAGAUCCUGUUCCUGGAUGUUCUGUUCCCCUUGGCGGUCGACAAGAUCAUCUUUGUGGACGCGGACCAGAUCGUCCGGGCUGAUCUGAAGGACCUGAGGGAUUUAGACCUGGAGGGCGCUCCCUAUGGCUACACACCGUUCUGUGAAAGCCGCAGAGAGAUGGAUGGCUAUCGCUUCUGGAAAACCGGCUAUUGGGCCUCACAUCUGGGACACAGAAAAUACCACAUCAGUGCUCUGUAUGUCGUCGAUUUAAAGAAGUUUCGUAAGAUUGCAGCCGGGGACCGAUUACGAGGCCAGUACCAAGCCCUGAGCCAAGACCCUAACAGCCUGUCCAACCUGGACCAGGACCUUCCUAACAACAUGAUCCACCAGGUGGCCAUCAAGUCUCUUCCUCAGGAGUGGCUGUGGUGUGAGACGUGGUGCGAUAACGCCUCCAAAGUCACAGCGAAGACGAUAGACCUGUGUAAUAACCCCAAGACCAAGGAGCCCAAGCUGACGGCCGCGGCCAGGAUUGUACCUGAGUGGGUCGAGUAUGACAACGAGAUAAAACGGCUGCUGAGACGAGUCGAGGAGCAGGGAGACGCAGAGAAAGAAGAACACAGUCCCUCUGCCUCACAGCACAAAAAAGACGACAACCUGCGUGAUGAACUUUAGUGUCUGCCAGCGCCCUGCUGGAGAGGAGGGAGGCAGCACCUUCUGCAGGCAGGCCACCCGCUGAAGCCUGAAGACAGACCGUUCCAUCUAAACAUAGCCAUGCAGGACAAGGAUGUUGUAGAGAUCUCAGAGAUGCCAUAACUGCUGCUGCUGCUGCUGCUGCUGCAGUCGAUACGUCGUGAUGUAAGUGUGAGCCGCCAGCUGUGAACUCCUGGUGCACCCCCAGCACCAGUCAGGCCUCGGCCGGUACGGUGUUACUGGAAAAUGAAUUUUCAAUUCAGUGUGCGUGAGGGACAAAUAGUUGGCGUUUGUGGCAUUGUUGAUUAAUGCAAAGAAUCUUAAAAGGCACAUCUCUCAGACUACGUCCACAUUGUUAUGUUUUAGUUUUUUAUUGUUACUAGGUUUACGCCCGCUGUCCAAAUUACUUCAGUUUAUGAGUGUCUCAGGCUGAAGUUUGGAAACGCUGGGGCUGCGUUUUAGUCUGAACAGGCAGAAACUGAGAUGUUUGAAAACGAGGAUGCAGUCAUCCGCCUUUACUUCCUCAUUCUUACAGUUCCAUCUCAUUGUUGGUCAAACUAAAGAAAUCUCUCGUCUUACUUUUCAUCAUCGCUGUUCCUUCAUUCAUUGUAUUUUCUAUAACCAAGCAACCAACCACAGAGUAGACAAUGUGCUUCCUGAUUAUGAUGUUCAAAUGAUUUCUGCUGUGUGAGUAUGGACGGGUAUUAUCAUGCGGAGGUCUUAAAAUUAAAGUGUACUGGUGUGGAUGUAGCCUGAGAACCUAAUCUUAAAUCAAAUUUGUAUGUUCUUUGUUCAAAGCUUUUUCAGAGGCAUUCUAUUUACAUUAUUCUUCAUUUGACUUUGCAAACUUGGACUUUGAUCACAUUUAGACUGAAAUGCCAAAACCAAAGUUGUAACAUGUCUUAUUUUUAAAUGUUACUUUAAUGAAAUGCAAUGUUGUUCUAUUUGAGCAGCAGUUAGCACUGUCAGCUUAACAGUGCUAAGUCCCGCCCCCAUGAGUUGUGAUAACAUGCAUAGCAUUUAUUUUUUUGUGGUGCAAAACACCAGGAAUACUUGAGCAGAGCUUCGCCUUCAUUUCAUAUGGAUCAUCCACUGGUGACCAUGCAAAUGUUGCAUCAGAAUACUAUCUCACUGCUCAUAGUCAUGUCCACAUGUCAGACCCGUUGCUGGUAGAGAAGCCUGCACUGCCUUUUUACAAGCUCAUGAGUGAUAAGUUCAGGGGGCGGGGCCUAGUGAACAGCCCCCUGUCUGUUUACCUUUGGCUCAGCAGACCAGGCUGAGCUGCUUCUGUUGCCAAGAUGUGGAUGAAGAAUCCUCAUUUGCACUCUACAGGUCAUGGUUUAUGUGAAGAAUACAGGAUUUUAAAUUAUUUCACUGUUAAUUCCUUAUGUGCGUUCAUGUUUCACAUGUUAGGAAAGAACCUUUCAAUAUUUAAAUUCCCCAGUGACCCAGUGUUUUGUCUCAGGAAUAAGACGAGUGCUGCUGCUCGAUGAAGCCAGGAGCAGUUUUUUUUUCUUCUGUAUCAUAUAUGAAAAUGGGUGUAGGACGUCUGGGCACCCAUCUGUCAAUGCGCUGUGUCACAGAAAUGUUUAUACUAUGUGAUGGAAAAAAUAAAUAAACAUUUGAUACAAAACCGUA